UCACAACAACGCCGAAGUAGUCCGUGCCUCGCGCCUGCCGCGAGAUAGUCGCUCUCUCCUCUCUCUCUUUCUCUUUCUCUCUCACUGUGACUCUCUCUUCUGCACGUCUGCAGUUCGACCACCGGCGCGCGUCGUGGUGGGACGUAAGUUCGUCGACCGUCUACUUCUUCCCCCUCCUCGGGCGAGGGGUAUACGCCUGCGCGGGGGGGGAAAGGAGGGAGAGAGAACAGAGGUGGAAGUGAAUGAUAAAAGAAGGAAACAAAACAGCAGCGUGUGCGCGAGAGUCACGUGUUCCGUCUGUUUUCGUUGGCGGCGUUGUGAGAACUGGGAUUUAUUAUUACUAUUUUUUUUAACCAUUCUGCGGCGCAUAUCUUUUUUUUUUUUUGCCCGUGUUUUCGUGGUGAUGUUCGUCACGACGUGCGCCGUUGCAGGAGCCCUGAGGUGAACGGGUUGGUGUAUUGUUUUGUUUCCCUGGCUCGUAAGAAGAAGGCGAAGGAAAAGGAGUCCACGGGGGCUUUGAAAUUUCCAGACAGCUCGGUGUGAAAGGAAGGGAUCUAACUCUUCCCUGAACCCUCCCCAAUCCCCCCCCCCUUUUUUUUUUGUUAGUGAAGUUAUCUUUUUUUUUUCUCCCCACCGACCCUUUUUUUUUUUCUCUCUUCCCUUCCCGACCCUCGUGUACAGGACUGCCAAUAGCGGCGUGCAACAUUGUCGUCUCGGCCAACAUCCACAGCGGGGAGCUUUUCGACGCACGCCGCAUCGGCUGAACAUGCGUGCGGGGCGGAGUCAAGCUGGCGACUUCCGGCGGUAACCACGCGGCCUCCCCGCCCGUGCUGUGGAGCUCGCGCAGGAAGCCAGGGCGCGGUCAAGUGGUUCGGGAUUUAUGGAGGAGCCAAGAAAAAGUAGCCAGAAAUGGCCUGCACCUGCGCCCCUUCGAGGAGCCGAGGAUGACGGCGGAGACGGCGCCCAGUCCGGCGGCGCAGUCGGCCGGCGACGCCCCGGACAAGCGCCACUACUACGACCCGGAGUACGCGCGCAUGGAGGCCUGGCUGGACGAGCACCCGGACUUCGCGCAGGACUACUUCAUGCGGAAGGCGACGCGCCACGUGGUGGACUCGUGGCUGGUGUCCCACGCGACCACGCUGCCCGCCGCGGGAUGCCCCCCGGAGCUGGGCUGCUCCCCCGGCGGCGGCGGCGGCGGGGUUGGAGGCGGCGGAGGAGGCGGAGGCGGCGCGCCGUCGCGCGGCGGGUCGGGCGCCACCACGCCCGUGCGCAAGAUCUCCGCGCACGAGUUCGAGCGCGGCGGCCUGCUCAAGCCCAUCGUGAACACCAUCGACGGCACGCCCACCUUCCUGUCGGUGUGCCCCGCCGGCGGGGAGUGCCCCGCGGGGCAGGGCUGCGCGCAGGUCCCGGGCCGGACCCACCGCCGCUCCCGGCACGAGCUCAGGCACCUCGACGAGAAGGAGCUCAUCUUCGAGCUGGUGAAGGACAUCUGCAACGAGCUGGACGUGCGCUCGCUGUGCCACAAGAUCCUGCAGAACGUGAGCAUGCUGCUGCACGCGGACCGCGGCUCGCUGUUCCUGGUGCAGGGCGAGCGGCGCGCCGGCGGCCGCCGCCGCUGCCUCGUCUCCAAGCUGUUCGACGUGUGCUCGCGCUCCACGCUGCAGGAGAUGGAGAAGAAGGACGAGAUCCGGAUACCCUGGGGCACCGGCAUCGUCGGCUACGUCGCCGAGUCGGGCGAGCCGGUCAACAUUCCCGACGCUUACCAGGACGACCGGUUCAACCACGACAUCGACGUCCUGACGGGCUACAAGACCCGCACGCUGCUGUGCAUGCCCAUCAAGGACUUCAACGGGGAGGUGAUCGGUGUGGCGCAGGUCAUCAACAAGCACCACGACUCGUGCUUCACCAGCACCGACGAGAAGGUGUUCGCCAGCUACCUGCAGUUCUGCGGGAUCGGCCUGCGGAACGCGCAGCUCUACGAGAAGAGCCAGCUGGAGGUGAAGAGGAACCAGGUGCUGCUGGAUCUCGCGCGAAUGAUCUUCGAGGAACAGAGCACCAUCGAGCACAUGGUCCUGCGCAUCCUCACGCACACACAGUCUCUCAUACAGUGCUCGAGGGUGCAGGUACUUCUAGUCCAUCAAGCGUCCAAAGGAAGCUUCUCACGGGUAUUUGACUUCGAAGCUAGCGACUUGAAUGGAGAGGAGAACGAUUCGCGGACCAGCCCGUUCGAGAGCCGGUUCCCGAUAAACGUGGGCAUUACGGGUUAUGUUGCCACUACAGGUGAGACUGUAAAUAUUCCAAACGCGUACGAAGAUGAGAGGUUCGAUUCUUCGGUGGACGAAGGCACCGGGUUCAAACACAAAAGUAUUCUGUGCAUGGCCAUCAAGAACUCGUCGGGGCAAAUCAUCGGCGUUAUCCAGCUCAUAAACAAGUUUGAUGACCUGCCCUUCACCAAAAAUGACGAGAACUUUGUGGAGGCGUUCGCGAUCUUCUGCGGUAUGGGGAUCCACAAUACGCACAUGUACGAGAGAGCUGUAAUAGCGAUGGCAAAACAGAGCGUUACUCUGGAGGUGUUGAGUUACCAUGCUUCAGCGUCAUUGGAGGAUGCACAAAGACUGAGGAAGUUAAGAAUUCCAUCUUCGCAGCAUUAUCACCUCUACGAUUUCAAGUUUGAUGACAUACACAUGGAUGAUGAUGACACACUCAAGGCCUGUAUACGAAUGUUCCUAGACCUGGACUUCAUUGAGAGGUUCCACAUAGAGUACGAAGUCCUCUGCAGGUGGCUGCUGAGCGUCAAGAAGAACUACCGUCACGUCACGUACCACAACUGGCGACACGCAUUCAACGUCGCGCAGAUGAUGUUCUCUAUCAUCACGGCAACACAGUGGUGGAAGAUUUUUGGCGAAAUCGAGUGCUUGGCACUGAUGAUCGCGUGUCUGUGCCAUGAUCUGGACCAUCGAGGGACUAACAAUUCAUUCCAGAUAAAAGCGUCAUCCCCGCUGGCCAGGUUGUACUCCACGUCGACGAUGGAGCACCACCACUUCGACCAGUGCCUCAUGAUCCUCAGUAGCCAGGGAAAUCAGAUUUUGAGCAAUGUGUCGCCAGAAGAAUACUCCAGGAUAAUCAAGGUCUUGGAGGACGCCAUUCUGUCAACGGACCUGGCAGUGUAUUUCAGGAAACGAGGCAUGUUCCUGAGCCUGGUCCGGACGGAGUCGUACAACUGGGGGCGGGAGGAGCACCGGGAGCUGCUCCGGGCGAUGACGAUGACCGUCUGCGACCUGGCCGCCAUCACGAAGCCCUGGGAGGUCGAGAAGAGGGUCGCAGAGCUGGUAUCUAGCGAGUUCUUUGAGCAAGGAGACAUUGAACGCCAGGAGCUGCACAUCACCCCAAUAGACAUCAUGAAUCGCGAGAAGGAAGACCAGUUGCCGUUGAUGCAAGUCGGAUUUAUCGACUCCAUCUGCAUGCCAAUAUAUGAGGCUUUCGCUUCGUUGUCCGACAAGUUGCAGCCGCUGGUGGACGGGGUGAAGCAGAAUAAGGCCCAUUGGUUGGAGCUGGCUGGAACGCCCAACCACACGCAGUCUGACGAUUCUGGCGAGCAGUGAAUGUGUGCCAUUGUUUGCCUGAUGUGCAUUAAACCAAAGUUGACCCAUCGUUAUGUCUACAUUUUAUGUUUGUGAAUAUGUUUUAAGAUAAAAGUUUUUGUUUACAUUCAUUGUUUUUUGUAAGUAAAGUGUUGUACAGACUGUAUAAAUUAUGUCAUUUAAAUGAAAAAUAAUAUAUUGUGUACUAAAUUUGUUAAAAAGAUGUCUCAGUUGAAACACAUCCUUACUUGGGAAAUCAACUUGUAAAAACCCUCACGAUGAAUGGUAGCCUAAACAAGGAUAAAUUAUUUUAAAGCGGCUGAUAUGUAGAUAUCUUACCAUUGCCAUAUUUCUGCUUUGGUUUGAAGUUGUAAGCAUUUUCAUGCCUUUCGAAUACAAAUUUUAUUAAUAACACUUGAAAAUAAUGAAUAUUAAAUUUAUUAUAAAUAUUUGACAUAGGAUACAUCAUAAUUUUGUCGUAUAUCAGCGUUCACUGUUGAGGUUGUCAUUAGAUGUUUUAAGUGCACCACAAUCUAAAAAUCAGUAUUUUAAACGCACAAAUAUUGCAAGUUAUUUCACUACUGUGUUGCAGAUGUCAAAAAAAUUGUGUGGUCAAUUGGACACACAGAUUAUUUAUUAAUAUUUUAAACUUGAAAACAAACUAUUCUUUGCAUUCAUUUUGACUUGCAUUUUAGCUGUGAGAAAAAAUAAUUAAAUGUCUUCGACCAUUGACUGAACCAAAAAACACAUAAUCAUUCGUGAUGACCACUAAACGAAGUGAAAGUGACAGUUGCGACAGUGUACAAAUCAAUAGUCGCAUUCUACCACCAUACAGUAGCAGCUUACUUGCUGUAUUUAUUUAUGAUGAAACACUUUGUGUUCAAAAAACAAAAUACACAUAUUGUGGUUUCGGAGGCUAGCCCAAGGUGUCCUAACCACUGAUUUGUUGUCUUGGGUCUUAUCUGCUCCAGCAUGGUCCACUAGGUCCGUGGCUGAAUAUACAUAAAAGAAAUUAACUAUGACACUGCUACGCUCGGUAAUCUGUGGAGACAACUGAUUCCUAUAUGAUAUGAGCAUGCUGACAUUUUAUUGCAAGAGCGCACUUUACAUAGACAUCACAUGUGAUACAUUAGACGCACACUACGUAAUUGCUAGGUAUGUUUAUACACGUGUGUGCUAGCUGCAGUCUCUUUGUUAAUGGUUUCUUAGUUUGGUGGGGUUGGGCAUUAAUAAUCGCAAAAGACAUUGCUGAUUCCGGCAAACAAUUGCAUGGAUGUAUUAACUUAAACUUGUCCGUUCUGGAGUCAGCCAGUACUGUAAAUUGAGACUCCAUGGCGUGUCAGCUUGGCAGAGUUAUGUUUAAACUGAGGAGAUUGGCAGUACACUGUAAAAUAAGCCUAGGAAUGCAUGAGGAAAGAAGUUAAUUUGGAGAAUGACUAUAAUUACAGGAAUGAAGACGACUCGUAUGAAAGUUGAUGUUUUCCUAUGGCUGCCAUUGGAGGCUGAUAUGAGGCCGGGGACUUAUGCCAAAAUUACAUAAGUAAAAAAGUUUUUUAUGUUAAAAUGUAUAUACAUUCCUUAAAAAAAAGAGGUUUCCGUGAUUAAAUGGCUGAAGACCCAUAUUAGAUUUUCAAAAUAAUGUAAGAACUAAUUCAAAAACAUGACUAAAAAGCUUUUUCUGUAGAAAGUGAAUUACAUAUAUUAUUAGUUGUUGAUUUGACUUGUGAUUUAAUGAAGGCCCUUGGCGCAAGGAAAAUUAAAAAGGUUCAUUAAAACACUUUGCCCGUAGCGGGCCAACAUGCAUGUUGUAAGAUGCAUAUUCCCUUGUGGGUAUAACUGGAAAUUUAAAUCACUGGGUGUUCGCAUGAAUAUUUGAGGACUGACUAUGGUGUGGUCAAACACACAGGAGUAUGCUAUUUGCAUGGCACAGGGUGCAAGUUGCAGACAUGUUUACUUUGUGAGUAAUUAAUCAAUUUGUGUCAAAAUUAAUUUUCUGCACAAAAUAGUUAGUUAUUCAAACCAUGUUUGAAAAUUAAAAAAAAGUAAACCAUAUUUCAACUGUGAUAGGAAGUUAUGAAGAAUACAAUGUGAAGCCAUAUGGUGUAUUUAUGCAAUCGGAAUUGUAAGGAACAAUUGUUAGAACAGGAGCUUGUGACAAAUUCAAAAAGUUGCCGAAUGGACCUCGCACUACUGGGAGGACGAAAGCCAAGUUAGCGGAUGAAACAUUUCAUAAAGAUGAUCAAGAAUCACGAAUAUACAAAUUUGUUUAUAUCCAAUGUUAGUGUGUACGGCUGUAAUGUUUUAUCCCUAUCCCUGUGCUGUGGUUACCCCAAUAUGUAGAUUAGUUUACGUGAAGAGUGCAGUUUGCUUGUCUAGUGUAAGUGCCACGCAGCGUAAGUCUUCCCAGGUAUCAGCGGUAAGUUGGGGGUGCAGCGACAAGAAGCAGGCACACGUCAUCGCAGCUAACGGGUAUAUAAACCUGACCAAUUGGCAGUGACCGGGAAGACCCAACACCAGUCCCACGAGUGGUCUGAGCUACCAGGACGUCGUCAGCGACAAAGUUUGACAGAGUGGAAGCUCUGCCAAACUGAGUGCUGAUUAGAAUUGCUACUUGCUGGGCAAGACCACUGAAUGAAUAGGGUACUCACUGGCUGCCAAUGAACUACUGAGUGAGUAGGAUACUUGCCGGGGCCGACGUACCACCGAGCGAGUAGGACGUCCCGCCGCGGCCGACGUACCACCGAGCGAGUAGGACGUCUCGCCGGGGCCGAAGUACCACCGAGCGAGUAGGACGUCUCGCCGGGGCCGAAGUACCACCGAGCGAGUAGGACGUCUCGCCGGGGCCGACGUACAACCGAGCGAGUAGGACGUCUCGCCGCGGCCGACGUACCACCGAGCGAGUAGGACGUCUCGCCGGGGCCGAAGUACCACCGAGCGAGUAGGACGUCUCGCCGGGGCCGACGUACAACCGAGCGAGUAGGACGUCUCGCCGGGGCCGAAGUACCACCGAGCGAGUAGGACGUCUCGCCGGGGCCGAAGUACCACCGAGCGAGUAGGACGUCUCGCCGGGGCCGAAGUACCACCGAGCGAGUAGGACGUCUCGCCGGGGCCGAAGUACCACCGAGCGAGUAGGACGUCUCGCCGGGGCCGAAGUACCACCGAGCGAGUAGGACGUCUCGCCGGGGCCGACGUACAACCGAGCGAGUAGGACGUCUCGCCGGGGCCGAAGUACCACCGAGCGAGUAGGACGUCUCGCCGGGGCCGACGUACAACCGAGCGAGUAGGACGUCUCGCCGGGGCCGAAGUACCACCGAGCGAGUAGGACGUCUCGCCGGGGCCGAAGUACAUCCGAGCGAGUAGGACGUCUCGCCGGGGCCGAAGUACCACCGAGCGAGUAGGACGUCUCGCCGGGGCCGAAGUACCACCGAGCGAGUAGGACGUCUCGCCGGGGCCGAAGUACCACCGAGCGAGUAGGACGUCUCGCCGCGGCCGACGUACCACCGAGCGAGUAGGACGUCUCGCCGCGGCCGACGUACCACCGAGCGAGUAGGACGUCUCGCCGGGGCCGACGUACCACCGAGCGAGUAGGACGUCUCGCCGCGGCCGACGUACCACCGAGCGAGUAGGACGUCUCGCCGGGGCCGACGUACCACCGAGCGAGUAGGACGUCUCGCCGGGGCCGACGUACCACCGAGCGAGUAGGACGUCUCGCCGGGGCCGACGUACCACCGAGCGAGUAGGACGUCUCGCCGCGGCCGACGUACCACCGAGCGAGUAGGACGUCUCGCCGCGGCCGACGUACCACCGAGCGAGUAGGACGUCUCGCCGGGGCCGACGUACCACCGAGCGAGUAGGACGUCUCGCCGGGGCCGACGUACCACCGAGCGAGUAGGACGUCUCGCCGGGGCCGACGUACCACCGAGCGAGUAGGACGUCUCGCCGCGGCCGACGUACCACCGAGCGAGUAGGACGUCUCGCCGCGGCCGACGUACCACCGAGCGAGUAGGACGUCUCGCCGGGGCCGACGUACAACCGAGCGAGUAGGACGUCUCGCCGGGGCCGACGUACAACCGAGCGAGUAGGACGUCUCGCCGGGGCCGACGUACCACCGAGCGAGUAGGACGUCUCGCCGCGGCCGACGUACCACCGAGCGAGUAGGACGUCUCGCCGCGGCCGACGUACCACCGAGCGAGUAGGACGUCUCGCCGCGGCCGACGUACCACCGAGCGAGUAGGACGUCUCGCCGCGGCCGACGUACCACCGAGCGAAUAGGACGUCUCGCCGCGGCCGACGUACCACCGAGCGAGUAGGACGUCUCGCCGCGGCCGACGUACCACCGAGCGAGUAGGACGUCUCGCCGGGGCCGACGUACCACCGAGCGAGUAGGACGUCUCGCCGGGGCCGACGUACCACCGAGCGAGUAGGACGUCUCGCCGCGGCCGACGUACCACCGAGCGAGUAGGACGUCUCGCCGCGGCCGACGUACCACCGAGCGAGUAGGACGUCUCGCCGCGGCCGACGUACCACCGAGCGAGUAGGACGUCUCGCCGCGGCCGACGUACCACCGAGCGAGUAGGACGUCUCGCCGCGGCCGACGUACCACCGAGCGAGUAAGAGACUCGCUGGGUGCAGAGCAACCACCGGCCAGCAGGAGACAUUGUAGCUUUGCUAGGAUUGCUGGUCUGCUGCUGACUCAAUGCACAAGUAAUGCAGUGUUAGAGUGAGCAAUGGGGAGAUGUCUGUGCCAUAGUGAGUUUCAGACUGGUGUCAUUUCGACGGCUGGAGAGCGAGUGACAUGAAGAAAAUAGGUGAGUACCAAUAGUAGCUCGGAGUAAUUAAGACUAAACAUUUUGAAUAAUUGCCCUUUAGGCUUGACAAGUCGAACAUUUCCCAGAGACAGAAAUUAAUUAAUGCUAAUUAGAAUUCAAGUUAAAGUUUAAAUAGUUACGACUUUUGUUGUGAGCCACAGAAAAACUUUACGUCAUUGAGGCAAUUUCCUUUAAAGAUGGUUCAAUUAUUUUUAAUCUACAUGGAGUGAGUUGCUUGCACACUCUCAUUAAUUUAAACACUUGUUCACUAUUAUACAAGCAAAAUAAUUCUUGUUAGUCAUUAUUUCCAGUGUUUGUUUAAUAUUGUGAAUAAUGUGUGUAGGACUGCUGGUGACUGCUGGUGGCUGCUGUGGAAAGGAGGCACAGCCUACGUCGAGCUCUAAACUGCAGAAUGGUUUAUUUUGGCGAGGUCGGCUAUGGGAUUCAUUGUCGUGAACCACGCAGAUUGCACCAAGUGGCCCCAUGAAUUGCAAGAGUGAUACCAAGUGUCUUGGAUCUUUAGAAGUUGUCGAGCACGUCUACAGUUCUUUGUUCGAUGUAAGUGGUGAGGAAAGCGGAGAAGUUUGAUCGCUGUUGCGUACCUGAAUACCACAUUGACUAUGUACAGUUUAAUUUAAUGCUACAGAUUGUAUAGAUUUCUUUGAAGUGAAAAAUAUUGUCAACUAACUGGUGGAACUAAGAUUAGCUGGUGGUAAGCUGACUGGAAGCCUAACUUUUGGCAUUAUCUGACAUUUGAAGGCACCAUGUAUUUGCACCAUUGCCAAAAUUUUUGUAUAAAUUUAUACAUAAUUUAAUAAAAAUAACAGUUGCAGAACUGGACAAUCUAAUAGGAACUGCAAUUUAAAUCUGAUUUCUGGUGGUUUUUAAUUUGUGUGCUGAACACAAAUCUCUUGCUGCCAAUUUUGCCAGUGGUAGAUUAACUUAAUUGGAUCUUAUUGUAAAGUAGGUAACUUUGUAUGGAUAUAGUUACUACAUGCCUGUCUUCUUUGGCAUAUAUAAUUGUUGAAAGAUUUUAACCAAUUCUGUUAGCCAUAAAUGGUGGCAAAUGCAAGAUGAGUUCUAGCAUUGUUAGUGCUGUAACUAAAUUACUCUUGGUGACCAUAGAAACUGACAAAUAUUUAUUGGAUAAUUCACAUAUUAACCCCCUUAACACCAAUGUUGAGCAAGGCUGGCCAAGAUUUAUUUUCUAAUUGUGAUUUUGGCUCUAAACAUUUUGAUCAUGUGAGAUUGUUGAUAGUGCCUAUUAAGUAGGCCAAAGGUAUAAUGUAAACUGUGAAAACCACUCGGUUUUAACACACAUUGGAGUUGAAUGUGUGUUAAAACUGUGUGGGGUUAAACACACUUUGUAGAUGAAUGAGUGGAAGUGUACAAUUUGUUAAAUUUGUAAAAAAAUUUUUUAUGUAGGUAUUUUGUACAGCACUGAUUGUAAUUGUAUGUAUAAUGUACAAAAUGUUUGAAAAUAAAAUUGGUUUUGAACUGAA